ACAGACCGGACACGGGUGGGAGACGCGGCGCGGCGGGUGGGAGGCGUCCGGAUCGUGGCCAACUUUUAUUUUAAAACCGGUAGUGGUGCGCGAGAUCGGGCAGCGUCGAUUUUCCGCCUUUUUUUUGCGCGUUCUCCGUCGUCGUCGACGUCCGUUCAGGGUUAAGAAUCGAGGCACCGCCAUAGACGAUAUGUCCAGCAGACCGAUACUGAGCCGUCCGCGCACGCGCAUUUACGACUCCAACUACAACAUCGGGGAGAGCUACUACAAGGGAGCGCUGGACAGGCUCGACCGGAAAUAUACCGGCAGGCCGCUGUCGCCGCCUCCGCGUGACAACUUCGCUGAGAUAGCGGAGCGUCACGCGAGAGCCUUCGCCGACGACGACCUGGAGACGUCGAGACGCCGCGCCGAGGGCAAAAUCAAGGGGCGGCACCUGUUCGACUCGCGGGGCGGCGUGAUCGCGCAGCGUGCCGACGAUUUUUUCGAAAACGGAGCCAUUACCGACGAGACGGCGUCGACGAUCCAACGCGUCCGCGCCUCGAAGAGGGUCGCCCUCGUCGAUGACGUCGACCUGGAGUCGACGUCGAACAACCUGCGCACGCAGAGGAUGCUCGACCGCUCGGAGAAGAUCCUCGACAGCGUGGGCAUCGUCGACGGGUCGUCUAGACGCGCCCUCGACGACGACUAUUCGUACAAGAAGCGCGCGCUCAAGGUCACCUUCGACGCGGACGCCGACAACCUGACCAAGUGGUCUGCGGUCGAGGACAGGGCGUCGUCGUCGUCGGCUGCGGCGUCGAGGGCGAGGCAAUCGCGGGCGAGGAUCGACGACAUCGACGAGGAGAUGGCCGCGAUGCAACAGAAGCAGGAGGCGCGGGAACGGAGGGUCGCGAGGCUGAAAGCGCUCGUUGCGGAGUGCGAGUCCGAGACCGUCGACGACUCGGGAGUCGCCAGCAGACUCUAGGCAGCUCGCGACGCCCUCGGCAGUUGCACGGAAUGUUGUUUUCGAUUUAUUCCCGCGUGGAGGCAUUUCGAUCGUUUUUACUUUUUAUCGUUGUGUUGUUUAUUUGGUUUCGUAUAGUCGACGUCGGUAAUCCGGCGAGCGUAUAAUAAUAAAACCGUUUCAAAGG